GGGGAAGAUCAGCAUGCGGGAACAACUAUCAAAUGCAAAAAUGUCUGGGUCUGGAAAGUUGGAACUUGUGAUGCUAACUUUGGACUCUAAAAAAAUCUGUAUUGCAUGACCAGCAAGAGGAGCCACAUUUGUGCUACGCGAGGAGGGCAUUUGUCAUGCGGAAAUGGCAUAAGGAAGCUUUCCAAAAAUCUGUGAUGCUGGGUCAUGCAUUACAAGCAUCAUGGGUCAUGCCAGACAAGCAUGACAAGCCUUCCAUUCUUCCAGACCCAGACAUUUUUACAUUUGAUAACAACCACUGGGGCAGCUGGAAAUAAAUACGAGUCUUACUCAACCGCGAACCAGUACGGGGCGAGUACGGGCUGUUUUUACGGAGAAAAAUUAAUCGAAUCUGAAAAUGGGGACUUUGUGAUGCGAGAAGAUGUUGGUGAUGGUGGUGGAAGUACUAAUGCCUCUUGGCUGAGAAGCCAAAUGCUGGCCGACGACGGGUAUCGUGACUCGUUAGGUCUGAAUAAGCAAAUCGGGAUGAAAAGUUUGUUAUCAAAUGCAAAAAUGUCUGGGUCUGAAAGAAUGCAAGUUUGUCAUGCUUGUCCGGCAUGACUCGCGAAUCUGUGUUGCAUAGGCACGAAAAUUAUGCCCUCUUACCUGUCAUGCAAAAACGUAGUUAGCCAUGCGGAAUACGUAAGACAUCGGAGCCAAAAAAUUUGUCAUGCGUAGCUGCGUAUUGCAGUGCGUCUACCAUUCACUUUUGGCAUUACAAGACCCAGACAUAUUUCCAAUCCAUAUUUGUGGACCAGAUCCGUGAUGGACGGGCCGAGUGGAAUUGCCGGCACCCUCGUCCAGGACCGCCCGCUGAUCGUGCCGCCCCCGCAGCGGAAGCGCACCAGUGAGUCGAUGUACGAACCGCGGGUGGAUCAUUCCCGGGUUCUGAGCGGAUAUCCCACGAAAAAACUGUAAUACAGUUUUAACAUUUGUAUGUCAAUUGAGCAACACAGAUUUUCCCUGCAUGAGAGGAAAAACUUGCAAUGCAGAGAUCAACAUAAGGGAAAACACGUAUGAAAUGAGGCUUGAAAGCAUUUUGUGCAUGACAGAGCUUGCCUGUCUUGCUUGGCCUGCAACACAAUGUGUAACUGUAAAAUUUUUUUCUUUUGCAUAGCGGUGCCAGCUUUUGCAGUACUGGCGCAGCGUCCUCGUGUGGAGGGGUAGUACAACAAGGAGCAGGCGUAUGCAAGAAAAAAACUGUGUAA